UUUUGCUACUGACUAAAGGCGCAGUUCUUCCCUAGUUGUGCUCACACUCUUUUAUAAGCCUUCAAAGCAUCAACACAUGCAUUUCUAGGAAUUGAAAAAAGUUUUUUUUUUGAAAAUUAAAUUUAUUGCUAUUUAGCACGUAAUUGCAAUUUUGAUAAGUGCGAGACGGCAGAAGAAGUAGCAGCAGCAGUAGUGGCAGCAACAGUUCAGCAACCAAACAACAACUACUCCAAUGAAGGCGACAAUAAAGUAUUCACCGCCUAGCUUGAAUUCGUAUCAAAAUGUUCCUCAUGCAGAAUGCACAACAACAACAACAAAUAAAACAAAGAUAAAAACAAGAGAAACUACAUUAGGAUGUGUGGUGGAUGUGGCGGUAGACAGCGAACAGGAGGACGACAACAGCAACAACAGCAGCCACGACGAUCCUAUUGCAAUCGACAUGGGCAGAAGGCAACGGUGUAGGCACAAUUAUAGCCACAGUGACAGUGAAACGCGAGUUGUCACUAGGGGCGACAGCAUGAGUGCGAAUCUGAGAAGCAAUUGCUGUCAACGUGAACAUAAAAAUUAUCGCAAACAUGUGAUGUCCCAACUGGCAAGCCGCAAGAGGGACAACGUCGACGACGACGACUACGAUAACCACAUGAUGUUGACGAUGAUGAGGAGGCCAGCGUCUGUCACAAAUGUACGGGAACGUCGCCAGCCGCAAUAUACACGCGACUCAACGGUAAUUUUAGCGACGCAAGUCGAGCCAACAAGACGAUUGAAGAGGACGUUGUGUGACGAUUUCGCAACAGCACCCGAGACACAAUUAGCAAAUGAGUCAGCAAUUAGUGGUACUAUGGCAUCAGCAUUUGAGUUGAGCACAUUGAGUGCAGCAUUAAAUGCAGGUGAAAGCUCAGCGCUUAACUGCGAUGAUUUGCUCGAUAUUAAGUCAAGCUCAGAGGAAAGACUAACACCCACACUGGCGAUAAUGUCAGCAACAGCAACAGCAACAACGGCGGUCACACACACGGCAUCAUCAACAUCUAGCUGUACUGUAGCGGCACCAACACCACCCCCUUGCCUAGCGGAUAAUUUUAGUUUAAGUAACAAAAGACAAUUAGUUAUGCCAAUUGAGGAAGAGAAUAGAUUAGGUAAUGCAUUGAUUGGUGCGCAGCUAUUCAAUCCAAUGCCGCGGGCACGACGCUCAAGCACUGAUUGGUAUGAUCUCGCAACGCUGGAAGCGCACACAGAAUGGCAGCAGAGCAUAUUUUCGCAACCCACUUCAACAGCGCUGACAGUGGGCAUAGAGAGGGCGUUCGCUUUUUUCGCCGCCGUAAUCAAUGCUAGAAGAAAUCAGUUGAUGGCAGAGGCGGCCUACGCAAAUGCUGUGCUACGUAGUCUUACUGACGCGCUAUCCACAGGAAAUUCGCAAACAACGACAACAUUAGAAUGCAGGUGCUUUAAGGAAAAAAGUGAUAUUUGUAAGGUUGCCGAUCAGAAGGCGGAGACGGAGGCGGAGGCGGAGGCUGCUACUGUAGUUGAAAGAGAAAUGUGCAACUCAGCAGGCUGUAAUGAUAGACAAGUCGCAAGCCAAGCACAUCAGCAUUCAACACAACGAUUCAAUUUCUUUUCUGCGUUAACCCCGCUGUUUCGAAGAAAUAUUUGUUCUUACGCUUUAACAGCUGUGCCGCCUUGGACGCCUAAUCUUAUGGUUUUAUCACUGCUUAUGCUGACACUGGCUGCGCCGGCCAGAUGCUGGACAGGACGAUCAGAUGUUCCAACAAACUGCACUUUUCCCGCACGCUGGGAGGGUUCAUGGUUCCUAUCUGGCUAUCAACAGUCUAUACACAUAAAGGGUUCACAAUUCAGUUAUCGUGGUAAAUGUGCGGCUUCGGAUGGUAACAAAUAUUUGAUUGUUGACGAGAAAGGAUGUCAUCGGUGCCUGGUUAUCUAUGAAAAACAUAAAAAUGUUCUUCAAUAUAAAGAAAGUGAGUGCGAAGGUGAUAGUAUGUAUAUGCAUCAAACGAAUCCAUCUGCCAUGGCGAUGCGUAGCGUUUUAAAACAAAGCGAACAUAGGGGGGGAGCUCAUCCCAAUUUGAACAACAACAACAACAACGGGCAUUCAAGACUAUCCUCAUCGGAUCAGUAUAUAAUGAGAUCCUAUGAUGAUAUGAAUGAUUGUCCCCCAGAUUUUUGCAAGGGCCGUGAAACGUUACAGAAUCUCUGCGAUCAAAUACCGGGUGAUGCUUUGCUGUAUUCGCUAUUUCGCGAGAGCGCCGAACCGGUCAAAUGUCCGUUGAAGGGACCCUUUGUAUUCACCUAUAAUCGCGGACACGGCGAAUGUAAGAGCCCCGUUUCGAAUAUCGAAAGCUGCACCGAAGACAGUCGUCUGCUGCUCAGCUUCCAAGCUUGUCCUGACGUGCAAGGCACCGAGAGCACAGUUGAAGAACUAACUUGCUUGGCCACUUGGAAGGAUGGCAACUCACGUUAUCUUGUCGGUUUGGUUUCACAUCAUCAUGCAAUUUCAAAUGAAGAACGUUAUCGCUGCUUCGUCUAUGAGAAAAUCUCAUCGUUACUAGGUGGUCUCAGCACUGUCAGUGCAAAAGAUGCCGAAUACAAAUUAGCACAAUCUGGCGAUGCAACCUGCAAUGGUUUGGAUAGCGCAGAGGUUGGUUCACGCAUAAUGUCGCUGAGAAAACCACCAAUAACUGAACGCUGUGACUUCCCGGCUUGGUUUAAGGGACCGCGACACUGGCAUGUUCUAAUGGGCAACGCUGUCUACAAUUAUCAUCCCAAUGAUGGCUCUGUACAUAUUAUUAAGCCGAAUGGUUUCAUGGAGACACGAGCACUUUGCGAACAGAUAAACAAGCAAACCGCUACUGAAAUGAUGGCAGUGGUGCACUAUACAACUGGAUGUCAAUCGGGCUUUAUGUGCAUGAUGUUCUAUCGUCGCGACACGCAUGUCAUUGAAAUACAGACGGGUAAACAGGCUUCACGUCUGGAGGAUGCAUGUGCGCCCGAUCAUUUCGAUGUAAAUCGAAUGCCAUAUAUCACGUUGUUAGCCAGCAACCCAGAUCCGCAAAUCUGUCCGAUGGAGGGCUUGUACAAUUUGCGUGGCGCUAUUGGCCCACCUUACUUGACAACGCGACAUAAACGUAAUCACAACAACAAAUUGCAUUUAACUCAUGGUCACCAUCACAGCCAAAGCGAUUUGGUUGUUGCAGCGGGAACAGCGGUUGGAAGUGAUGGCGGCGGUUAUGCGAACAAGAGACAAGCCACACUCACUUUCCGCGAUGCUGAUAAAAUGGACAAAGGUACGUGGCACGCGAAUUCACGUAGUCUACAAACUGGACGAAACCGGCGUGCCACGGCACUCAACAAUAGUGUUGCCGUUAACACUACAGCCACUUUGGAGCACAUGAAUAUACUGGAGAACAAAUUGCAACGAUCACUAAAUGGCUCGUCGAAAAGUGACGAUCACUCACUGGUUAUAGAUACAGCAGCGCCAAGGAAAGCAGUGGAUUUCGUGCAUACAACAAAUGCAGUAGAUUUGGAGCGACAACGUAAUCGUCGCGACGCACCGGGUUGUGUAACAAAUUACAAAGCGCAACGACGCCUUUGGGUGGGGUGCACCGAACCAGAUAUUAUUGAUGUGCGACCCAUGUGCAAUGAAGAUGGCGACGAAGAAUACUCUUGUCAUGGCUCAUGGUCUGAGAAUAGCACUGUGUAUAUUAUCGCCAGACAUAAAGGCACCAAACAUGGCGUUUGUCUGAGUUAUCGCCCAACCGAGGGCACAGCAGCCAAACUGGUUAUCGGCGAUGCUUGCUAUCGUGGCACACAGAAGCCACCCGAUCAUCACUUGGUGGCCAAUCUAACGCUAUUUGGAAAAUGUGGUGAAACUGGUUCGGCUGCGAUGCAGAUACGACCAAAUGCCGAGCUAAUCAAAUUGGCUGCUGCGUUAUAUAUGUUGUUGUCGGCGUUCAAUAUAAUGAAGAAUAUGAAAAAUGGAAGAUGAUGAAUUGGCAUUUGCAAUUGAAGAUCAACGAAGGACAAUGAAAUGCCUGCGAAAAAAAAACACUAAAGGUGGCGCUCUUCCGUUUAAGCUGCAUAAAGCACAACAAGCUUAAUUGACAAAUAUUAAAUGAAAAUUUUAGAUACACAGACACACACACACACACAAACAAACAAACAAGUAGUUAAAUACAGUAUGUCAGCAGUAUGGCGUUCGGUUCUAAAGUGCAUUUGCAUAUAGAUUUAGAUAUUUAUAUAUGUAUGUGUGCCUAUGUACGUUUAAUGGCUGUUUGAAGCGAUUGCUACAAAUUUUCGGCGCCAUCUGCAUACAUACAUAUGUAUAUAUCUAUUAUAAGUCUAUUUAUGUUUAUGCAUGCAAGUCAGCUAAUAUUUGAAAGAACCCGAACCCGAUUAAACGUAUGUAAAGACUCGCUUGUCUAUCUGCGACUUGAAAACGUGAUAAGAGCGACAACCUCCAAAUAUUGUACGGUUGGUACUGAGUGUGUUGGACUAAUGUAUACCUUUUUGAAUAAGACUUAGCAUUCGUAGUAGUAACGCCUACACUUAUUAUGAACGAACGAACGAAACGCUUGUUAUCGCACACACAUACACAGACAAACACAAGCAUAGAUGAGAAAGCAAAAAAAAGUGAGAAUAUGUUGUUGUAAAUACAUACAUACAUAUGCUGGUUUGUACGGAUAUGAAUGUCAUUUAAUAAUAUAUGAAAUGAAGAAAAACAAAAACAAAAACAAAAACAAAUAUAUUAUAAAUAUAAAAAACGAUUUUGUAAAUAAUAUAAUGGAGCAUAUUUUCAAUUAUUGUAGUUAUCAAUAAGACAUAGUAAUUUUAAGUGAAAAAACUGAACUAAGCAUAGUUUUAGAUAAAUACAUAAAUGGUUUGCAAUAGAGCCUUAGUUACGCAUAAAUGUUGGCAAGUGAAAGUAAGUUGGCGAAAGGCAUUGAAUAUGAGAUACAUAUAUA